AUGAAAACAAUAGCCCCCCACUUUCUUCCACUUCUACUCCCAUUUCUACUUUCCCUAGUCAUCGCUUCACCACCUGGCAAAAACGCCAUUCUCCUUUCCAAUGUCCAAACCCUAACUCUCCACGGCGACCGCAUGACGUCUCACCGUCGCGUCUCGCCAAUCCCACAACUAAAAUGCACCGGCCCAUCCAAAAUCUGCAAACUCUACUCUAUUGAUACCAUGCGAUGCACAAACCAAGGGCACGAUUACGACGAAGAAGACAUCCAAUGGACAUGCACCGCCUCUCUGCCAUCCGAAUUCAAGCUCGGUUCCACCGACGUGAUAUGCGAAGGCUACCGAAAUGCAGCCGACAAAUGGAUUCUUAAGGGAAGCUGUGGAGUUGAGUAUCGGCUUCUAUUAACUGAGGAUGGAGAACGGCGCUAUGGGUACCAGAAUCCUAAAUAUGACACUUCUAAAACACAGAAGACGUCGAGUGACGUCAGUAGUGCCCUGGCUGUGAUUGUGUUUGUGGGGAUUUCUGUCAUUAUUUUGCUCGCUCUCUGUCGUGAUUCAUCCGGCAAUGAUAGUAACAGGCAGGGAGACAAUCGUCGCCGGCGACCACGGGGAUCGAAUGGAGGAUGGGGCGGUGGUGGUGGUGGUGGCGGUGGUGACGAUGAUGAUCCUCCUCCGCCUUAUGAUUAUAAUCCUGGGACAUAUUCCAAGCCAUCCGGUCGACAAUCUUCGUUUGAGCCAGGGUUUUGGACUGGCGCUGCAGCUGGUGCUGCGGGUGGUUCGGCGGCUGGGUACAUGAUGGGUCGACGAUCUGGUCAGGGUACACGGUCAAGACCAUCGAACGCGUUUUAUGAUAACGCAGGGGAAGGGAGCUCAAGGCCGUCUUCGUCGUUCUCACCUUCGGGUCCAAGUACUGGAUUUGGCUCUACAAGGCGACGAUGA